CCAUUCUUUACCUUCUUUCCUCUCUUCUCUCCUUCCUCAUUAAUAUUCUCUCCUUGCUCAUAAGGAGUAGCAGAAAAAAUUAACAAAAAUGAACUCAUGAAAAGGAAGGAAUAUUUAUAAUCAAUACUUAAAUAGGAAUUAACAUGUUGUUCUAAUCCAUUGGAAAGUAACCAAAUAUCAUCAUCAAAUUCAAGACAUGUACUAUAGCUAGGGUUAUUGUUAUUUAUAUUUAUUAUAUAUAAAUAUUAUUUUGGUGAUGUAGUACACUCUCACUAUCUAUCUAUCUAUUUCAACAUUCCAGAUAUGUAUUCAUCAAAUAGUUGCCUCAAUGGAAAUAACCUAACAUUUUCAUCUUCUAAAUCACCUUUUUCUAAUUCCUUUGAAAGCAACUCAACUUCAUCAAAAGAUCAUCAUGAUCAAAACAUUCAUUCCCUUUUUCCACUUCCUCCUUUCCCUUUCUUUCAAUUCCCUAAUUAUCCUGAUGAUAUUCAUGAUCCUUUUCAAGACAAUCACCAAAUCUUUGAUGAUGGUGAUUUUCAUCUUCAUCAUUCACCUCAUGUUGUGAGUACUGAUCAUAAUCAAAAUCAACAAGAUCAGCAGCGGCAGCGGCCUUCAAAUUCAUCGGUAAUCAAUGCUAACAACGAUAUUGUUGUUCGUAAUCUUGUUUCUGAAGCAGGUGAUACUAAAGGAAAAACAAUAGUGAAUCAUCAGGUGAAGCAGAUCCAACAAAGAAAAAGAUCUAGCAAACGGGAUCGGCAUAGCAAGAUAAAAACCGCGAAAGGACUAAGAGAUCGGAGAAUGAGAUUGUCUCUUGAAGUUGCAAAGAGGUUUUUUGGUCUUCAAGAUAUGUUAGGAUUUGAAAAAGCAAGUAAAACAGUUGAUUGGUUACUCAACCAAUCAAAACAUGAAAUCAAACACCUUGCAAGAGAAAAGAAUCUUCAUUUUCCUACCAAGAGUGCAUCUUCAACUUCUGAAUGUACUGAAGGAGUUUCAAGCUUGGAUAAUGAAGUUGAAAAUCUAGAAGAGCCACAACAAAAACAAGAAACGGUGGUUAUGAUGAAGAAGAGAACAAGAAAUAGAACUAAUAAGGUUUGUAGAAAGAGUGCAUUCAAUUCUAUUGGUAGAGAAAAGGCAAGAGAAAGAGCAAGAGAAAGAACAAAAGAAAAAUUAAUGAAAGCUAGAACUAGAACAUCACUAGUUGAUGAAUCAAGUUCAAAGCAAUGUAAUGAUGAAGAAGAAGGAACAAAAACUAACCUUAUUUGGAACCCUUUUGAAAGUGUUGAAGAAUCUGGUGGAUGUACAAAUCAAAGACAAAGUGUGAAUCAUCCUUCUUUUGAUCAUGUGAAGCUGAUUAAUGAAGGUGAAGUUGAAAGAAGCUGUCAAAAAGCAAAGGAACAAGAUUCAGAAGAAGAUGAUUCUUUGUUCAUUAUGAGCAAAUGGAGUCCACCUUUGAUGUUCAAUUCUCUCAAUAACCUUCAACAACAUCAAUUUGAACAAUUUCAUCAAUCUAUGGAAAAACCAUGUUGGGAAGGCUACAACAACCGCAUCUAACAUGUCCCUUAUCAUCAUCAUCUCCUUUUGGUGUCAGUAAGGUUCAGGAUAAAAUGCAUUGUGCAUAUUGCUGUGUAUUUCUUUGUUUUCCUUUUGGAAUGUUAUGUGUUGAGGUAUCUUCAGAAUUUUGGAAACAAUAUUUCAUAAAUAUUGUUGUGUGUGUGUUUGUCAUUUCUAUAUAAAGUGUUACCCCUUUCUUGUUUCUUGUUUGUUUCUGUUAUGAGUUCUGACCCUUUGGUACAAGUUCAUUGGUUCUCUUAUUGUAAGGUGUGUUUUUAAUUGAAAAACAAAUAACUGGUUUGAUUUUUAUUUUUUCCAAAUA